AGUGUGAGAGGUGCGGCGGGGGAGGUAAUGAUGAUGGUGGCAGAGGAGGAAGGCGGGGGAGGGGGUGCUGGGCGCUGAGCGGCGGCUCUGGCAGGGUUUGAUAGGGUGGGGGACGGUCGCGGGGCGAUCCGUCAGGGAGGGGGCGGGCGUGAGGGGCGCCGUCCGCCUGAGGGGCUGCAGAUCCCGGCUCCCGCGAGCGCCGUGGCUGGCUUGGCUGUUCCAUGUGGCUCCGGCGGGGAUGGAGGACUCGGUGGCGGCGGCGGCGGCUGCUGCUGCGGCAGCGACGGAGGAGCGCCUCUGAGAAGGGAACGGGGCCAGACUCAACCCGACAGCGGGAUUAGAGUCCUCCAGAAUACACAUAUAGCCCCUGAGGUGGCAUGGUGAUGUCUCCAUGAGGGAACCCCCUCCCACUCAUCCUGUCACGUAUAUCAUAGUGUUCUUGACUGGGCCAUUCAUCUAAGAUGGAAUUUACCCUGUGAAACAGGGAGAAGACUUAUGGACCCCAAGCAUCUUUUCGAGUUGUAGUUGAGUUUUUAAAAGACAUACAUGCAAAGUUCCUUUGCUUUGGACCCUCUGCAUUAUUAAAGCUGCUGUAUUGCUAACCCAGAACUGCUCCGGUGUCUUGACUGAUCAUCAUGGCUUCAGUUUGGAAGAGACUGCAGCGUGUGGGAAAACAUGCAUCCAAGUUCCAGUUUGUGGCCUCCUACCAGGAACUGAUGGUUGAGUGUACGAAGAAAUGGCAACCAGAUAAACUGGUGGUAGUUUGGACCAGAAGAAGCCGAAGGAAGUCUUCUAAGGCACAUAGCUGGCAACCUGGAAUAAAAAAUCCGUAUCGUGGUGUUGUUGUGUGGCCUGUUCCUGAAAACAUUGAAAUCACUGUAACACUUUUUAAGGAUCCUCACGCGGAAGAAUUUGAAGACAAAGAGUGGACAUUCGUCAUAGAAAAUGAAUCCCCUUCUGGUCGAAGGAAAGCUCUUGCUACUAGCAGCAUCAAUAUGAAACAGUAUGCAAGCCCUAUGCCAACUCAGACUGAUGUCAAGUUAAAAUUCAAGCCAUUAUCUAAAAAAGUUGUAUCUGCCACUCUUCAGUUUUCAUUAUCUUGCAUCUUCCUGAGGGAAGGAAAAGCCACAGACGAAGACAUGCAAAGUUUGGCUAGUUUGAUGAGUAUGAAGCAGGCCGACAUUGGCAAUUUAGAUGACUUUGAAGAAGAUAAUGAAGACGAUGAUGAGAACAGAGUGAACCAAGAAGAAAAGGCAGCUAAAAUUACAGAGCUUAUCAACAAACUUAACUUUUUGGAUGAAGCAGAAAAGGACUUGGCCACCGUGAAUUCAAAUCCAUUUGAUGACUCUGAUGUUGCAGAAUUAAAUCCAUUUGGAGAUCCUGACUCAGAAGAACCGAUCACUGAAACAGCUUCACCUAGAAGAACAAAAGACUCUUUUUAUAAUAACAGCUAUAAUCCCUUUAAAGAGGUGCAGACUCCACAGUAUUUGAACCCAUUCGAUGAGCCAGAAGCAUUUGUGACCAUAAAGGAUUCUCCUCCCCAGUCUACAAAAAGAAAAAAUGUAAGACCUGUGGACAUGAGCAAGUACCUCUAUGCUGAUAGUUCUAAAACUGAAGAAGAAGAGUUGGAUGAAUCAAACCCUUUUUAUGAACCUAAAUCAACUCCUUCUCCAAAUAAUUUGGUAAAUCCUAUUCAAGAACUGGAAACUGAAAGGCGAGUGAAAAGAAAGGCCCCGGCUCCACCAGUCCUCUCACCAAAAACAGGAGGAGUAAAUGAAAACACAGUUUCUGCAGGAAAAGAUCUCUCUACUUCUCCUAAGCCAAGCCCUAUACCAAGUCCUGUUUUGGGGCGAAAGCCAAAUGCUAGUCAGUCUUUGCUUGUAUGGUGUAAAGAAGUUACAAAGAACUAUCGAGGAGUAAAAAUCACCAAUUUUACUACAUCGUGGAGAAAUGGUUUAUCUUUUUGUGCAAUAUUACACCACUUUAGACCAGAUUUAAUUGACUACAAGUCUCUGAAUCCUCAAGAUAUUAAAGAGAACAACAAAAAGGCAUACGAUGGAUUUGCCAGCAUAGGAAUUUCCCGAUUAUUGGAACCUUCUGAUAUGGUAUUAUUAGCAAUUCCUGAUAAACUGACUGUUAUGACUUAUCUCUAUCAAAUAAGGGCACAUUUCAGUGGCCAAGAGCUAAAUGUCGUUCAGAUAGAGGAAAACAGCAGUAAAAGCACAUAUAAAGUUGGAAACUACGAAACAGAUACAAACAGUUCUGUUGAUCAAGAAAAAUUCUACGCAGAGCUUAGUGAUCUGAAGCGGGAGCCUGAACUACAACAGCCCAUCAGCGGAGCAGUAGACUUCUUAUCACAGGAUGACUCUGUAUUCGUUAAUGAUAGCGGGGUUGGAGAGUCAGAAAGUGAGCAUCAAACUCCUGAUGAUCACCUUAGUCCAAGCACAGCCUCUCCUUACUGUCGCAGGACUAAAAGUGACACAGAACCCCAGAAGUCUCAGCAGAGCUCUGGAAGGACUUCAGGAUCUGAUGACCCUGGAAUAUGUUCCAAUACAGAUUCAACCCAAGCACAGGUUUUGUUAGGCAAAAAGAGACUAUUGAAAGCUGAGACUUUAGAAUUGAGUGACUUAUAUGUUAGUGAUAAGAAGAAGGAUAUGUCUCCACCCUUUAUUUGUGAGGAGACAGAUGAACAAAAGCUUCAAACUCUAGACAUCAGUAGUAACUUGGAGAAAGAAAAAUUAGAGAAUUCCAGAUCCUUAGAAUGCAGAUCAGAUCCAGAAUCGCCUAUCAAAAAAACGAGUUUAUCUCCUACUUCUAAACUUGGAUACUCAUAUAGUAGAGAUCUAGACCUUGCAAAGAAAAAACAUGCUUCCCUGAGGCAGACGGAGUCUGAUCCAGAUGCUGAUAGAACCACUUUAAAUCAUGCAGAUCAUUCAUCAAAAAUAGUCCAGCAUCGAAUGUUAUCUAGACAAGAAGAACUUAAGGAAAGAGCAAGAGUUCUGCUUGAGCAAGCAAGAAGAGAUGCAGCCCUAAAGGCGGGGAAUAAGCACAAUACCAACGCAGCCACCCCAUUCUGCAACAGGCAGCUAAGUGAUCAGCAAGAUGAAGAGCGACGUCGGCAGCUGAGAGAGAGAGCUCGUCAGCUAAUAGCAGAAGCUCGAUCUGGAGUGAAGAUGUCAGAACUUCCCAGCUAUGGUGAAAUGGCUGCAGAAAAGUUGAAAGAAAGGUCAAAGGCAUGUGGAGAACAAAACAGUAAGUUGGUGGACUUGAAACUGAAGAAGCUCCUAGAAGUUCAGCCACAGGUGGCAAAUUCAUCCUCCAGUGCUGCCCAGAAAGCUGUAACUGAGAGCUCAGAGCAGGACAUGAAAAAUGGCACAGAAGAUCUCCAGACUGAACGAUUACAAAAAACAACAGAACGUUUUAGAAGUCCUGUUGUGUUCAGCAAAGAUUCUACAGUCAGAAAAACUCAACUUCAGUCUUUCAGCCAAUAUAUUGAAAAUAGACCAGAGAUGAAAAGGCAGAGAUCAAUACAGGAAGAUACAAAGAAAGGAAAUGAGGAGAAGGCGGCGAUAACUGAAACUCAGAGGAAGCCAUCAGAAGAUGAAGUGCUUAAUAAAGGGUUCAAAGACACCAGUCAGUAUGUUGUAGGAGAAUUGGCAGCACUAGAGAAUGAGCAAAAGCAAAUUGACACCCGUGCCGCGCUGGUGGAGAAGCGCCUUCGCUAUCUCAUGGACACAGGAAGGAACACGGAAGAAGAAGAAGCUAUGAUGCAGGAAUGGUUUAUGUUAGUUAAUAAGAAAAAUGCCUUAAUAAGGAGAAUGAAUCAGCUCUCUCUUCUGGAAAAAGAACAUGAUUUAGAACGACGGUAUGAGCUGCUGAACCGGGAAUUGCGGGCAAUGCUAGCCAUUGAAGACUGGCAGAAGACCGAGGCCCAGAAGCGACGCGAGCAGCUUCUGCUAGAUGAGCUGGUGGCCCUGGUGAACAAGCGCGAUGCGCUCGUCAGGGACCUGGAUGCGCAGGAGAAGCAGGCCGAAGAAGAAGAUGAGCAUUUGGAGCGAACUCUGGAGCAAAACAAAGGCAAGAUGGCCAAGAAAGAGGAGAAAUGUGUUCUUCAGUAGCCAUCAGAUCAGAAAGAAUCUCUCCCAACAUUUUAGAGUCUUGGUUCCCAGACCAGAAAAAGUCAGACUCAUUGUUGAUUUAAAACUUUUAACAUUUUGUUUGGCUGGAUUGUACUACUUUACCUCUACUUUACCACCACCACCCUUUCCCUCCCUCCUUUCCAAAUAAUAUACAGAACUCCAGAAUAGCUUUGUUUAAGGAUUUUUUGUGAGUUAACAAUUUCCUUGAAAUCCUGUGAAAUAGAUUUGCACAGACACCUUGUGAGUGAUUGGUAUUGGAGGUGUUCAAGAAACUGUUCAAAAAAGAACAAAAACACUUCCCUCAUUAUUUUAUCUCAUUUUUUGAUGGGAGGAAAAUUUGAAACAUUAUUCUUGUUGUUGUUGGUAAUAGCAUAAUGACAGUGGGAGGGGGGUACAAGGGGAUAAGAAAAAUGUCAUGAUUUUUUUCGAGUCCUGCCAUAUGUAAAACUUACUCUGUUACCUAAAUUUUAUAGUUAGAUCAUAUCCAAUCUACUUAUUAAACUGUGUUCUAUUUACCAGUGGAGUUUUUCUGCAGUGGUUGUGUUUCACUGUAAGGAUAAUGGAGUUCCUCUCCUCUGCUUUCCUCAGAGGAUGGUCCUUUAACAUAGCCAGAAACAAGCCCUGUGGUUUGAAGGUGAGCUGUGAGGAUGGAACUAAUUGAUGUGCACCAGUUUACAAAGACAGUCUUAUCAUCCGAGAAUACACCAUCUUUUUCUCUGGAUAAUUAUUUCUUACAUCAUGCUUGAUUCCUACAUUUUGUUGGGUCUCAACAUUGGCUCACAAAUGCUGUUAAUAUUUAUUCUGUAUUGAUAAAAAGUCUGUCUUGCCACUACAAGUAAAUCCCCCAUUUAAUAUUUUCUUCUUUAGCAUAGCACUGUCAUUUUUGUGAAAAUGGUUAUGUUUAUUUAUUACAAUACUGAGUCAUAUAUAAAUUUUCAAUAAAAGCAGAAACUUUCUUACCUUAAA